AUGAUAUUCUUCUCACUGCAGGCUGCCAUUAUACUUGCUGGUGGCUUACAGGACUGGAUCGAUUUCGGUAUCAUUUGUGGCCUUCUUGUUCUCAACGCCGCUAUCGGAUUCAUUCAAGAGUACCAUGCAGGCAACGUCGUUGAUGAUCUCAAAAAGAGUCUUACCAUUAGAGCCCAAGUCGUUCUCAAUGGUGCUCUUAAAGAGAUAUAUUCCGCGGAAGUUGUUGUCGUUGAUGUUCUUCAUGUGCAAGAUGGGACGAUUUUUCCCGCCGACGGUAGACUUGAAUCGCAAAAUGCUUAUCUACAGGUCGACCAGUCUGGGAUCACCGGAGAGUCUCUCGCCGUCGAUAAGCACAGUGGGGAUGUGUGCUAUGCUUCGUCUGCCGUCAAGUGUGGCGCUGGUUUGAUGAUUGUGACUGCCACUGGUGAUCAUACAUACGUCGGAACUGCGGCUGCCCUGGUCAACAAGGCUUCCGGCAGUCCUGCACACUUCACACAGAUGUUGAACGGGAUGGCGCAUAUCCUUCUAAUCUUUUUGGUUCUCGCCCUCCUUGUAAUCUGGAUUGCCAGCUACUAUCGUUCGAGCGGCAUUUUGCAUAUCCUAGAGUUUACUUUGGCAACUACUGUGACCAGAGUGCCGGUUGGUCUUCCUGUGGUAGUCACCACUACAAUGGCCGUGGGUGCAGCUUAUCUAGCCAAUCUCAAGGCAAUUGUACAAAAGCUGUCAGCUAUUGAGUCGCUAGCCAAUGUUGAGAUCCUUUGUUCUGACAAAACUGGAACAUUGACUCGAAAUCGAAAGACUGGCGGGAUCGAUGCCAUCGACAAGGAGUUUCUCAGGGGUCUAGGCAACUACCCAUCGGCCAAGUCAUCAGGUUCCUACAUGCAGAACCAUCGAGUUUACUCCAUUUAA